AUGUAUGUCCACGAAGCCUUUGAAUUCCCAGUGGUCAUUACAAAAGCUACACAGGAAAAAGCUGACAAAACUCCCGCUCCUCCUCCUUGUUCCAUCGCCACCUCAAGAAAGACCAGUGGGCUGCUGAGCAUCUCACAACUCCUGGAUGCCGGUGGGGUCUGUGGUGUUCCCACAGAUACUGUGUACGCAUUGGCAGCAUCCUGCAAACACCCACAGGCUAUAGAGAAGAUCUACAAUAUCAAGGAUCGCCCACAGGAGAAGCCCAUCUGUAUCUGCAUCUCCAACCUGGAGCAGCUGUCGACUGCCAAUCCCCCCUUCAGCCCCCUGCUCUGGGAGUUCAUGAGGAACGUCUACCCAGGAGGCAUCAGCUGCAUUGUCAAGAAGGGCGAGUGGCUAAAUAAACUAGGUGACAGUCACACCAGCAGCCGUUAA